AUGGGCGCGACGUCCACGAAUGGGCUCGAUGUGCGCGCGCGCGCGAGGACAUCCGCGAGCGAAUGCGUCGCGGCGGAGGACUCGAGAGAGGCACCGUCGUGCGCGACGCGAGCGCACGCGUUAGAGAUGGAGGAGAGUGGAUCGAUCCUGACCGCGUACGAUAGUGGGAAAGCGCGCACGGACGCGAGCGAGACGACGCCGAAGACGCAGCGCGCGGCGAAGAGACGAGCCAUCGAGGCGGCGUGCGCGGUGGACGUGGCCGAAGAGAAGAAGAGGAGAGAGAGAAUGGGAACCAUGCUCGAUCCUGACUUUGAUUUCUCAUCGUUUCCGAUCACGCUACCGGCUGAAGUACGAGGGGAGUCAGCCGACGGAAGUAGCGCGCGCGCCAUGUUGCACUGUCGCGGUUGUCGACGAAAUCUUCGUAUAGACUUGCACUUCGAUACGGACAAAAAGACGUGUAGACAGUGUUUGAGCCGACAACGGCUAAAGUGGAGAAAGACGACGCACAAAUCGGCCAACGCGUGA